GCGGCCCUAGAAGGCAGAAGGGAAGAGGAGGCGCCGGAAUCGCGUUCUGGGAAGAAAGGGGGGGGGGCGAACCAGAAGUCUUUUGUCCCGGUUCCCUUCCUGUACGAAACCCGGAAAUGUAGCUCCUCCCCACCCUCUCCCUGCCGGUGCCGUUUCGGCUUCAGGUCCGUCCCAAGAUGGCGAAGCUGCUGAGCUGCGUUCUUGGCCCACGGCUGUACCGGGUCUACCGGGAGCGGGACCCCAUCAGACCCCGUCGCCUCAGGGCCGAGGCAGAAGACACGUCGCAGGCCCCGCUAGAACCGUCUUGGGUGAGCUUUAAUCCACUCUUCUCCCCCCCCCUUUCGGAGACUUGGUAUCUCCCUCGUCGCCCUUUACUUACAUAGGGUUGGGGGGCGAAACCAUUACUCUUAAGGGGUAGGCAUUGCCCCGCUUUCCUUGAUGUCAUCAUAGAGCAGCCUAAGUCUCAUGGAGAGUCCGGGAUACCAGUGGGCGAUACCAUUAGGAUUGUGGGGGAAGAGGUAUGAAAAAAUCCAAUUACUGAGCCCCUUAUUUAAACAUGGCACACGCCCAUCGUGGACAAUGUCAUUACUGGAGGGUCUGGGGCCACCUUUCUGGGAUGAGGCCAUCAUAAAACACGGGGGUGGGAAUGGAUUAUUCCGGCCUUGAGGAUAUUUUCCAAAACAGUGGCUAGCCUUGAAGGAGGAAUGGAGAGAGAACAAUAGCUGGAAUGUUGCAUCUUUUUGUACAAGACUUCCUCUUCUGUUUCCCCUCCCCUGUUCAAAAUUAGCAUUGCCACAACAAUAUCCUUACAGUUGCAUUGCAAAGAUCCAACAGGUGUAACUUUGUUUUUUUGACACGGCACUGUUGGGACGGAAUAGGCUGCCCCUGAUGAAUAUCUGCCUGGUGAGAAUCUGUUUCUCUAACUUUAAAAAAGAUAAGCCUCGUAUUUCUGUGUGAAAUCCCUCAAUGCACCUCUCAUUUAUAAGAAACAAAUGGAAGCAAUAUUUUAAAAUUUAAGAAAGGAAAAGCAGAGAGAAUAAAAGCAAAACUAACAGCAGUUUCAAGCAGUCAGCGAGCUGGAAGGGGAGUCAACACCAAAUGCCUGGCCUGGGGAAAUUGACGUGUAUGCACUUGGCCUCUGCAACCUUUCAAAGUUGGUGCAUUUCCAGCAUCUUAAGAGAGUUAAUGUACUUGGCAUCUGCAACCCUUUGAAGAUGGUUCCUUUCCAAUAUCUUUAAAAGAGAGGGUGUUCUGUAGGCAGGCUGCCACCACAGCCCCCAUCUGCCCAGAUUCAGAAGAUGGGGUACCUGGAGCCAGGUCAGUGAGGAAGAUUCCCAAAUAUCAGGCAGGUUAGGAAUAUAGAAAGCUGCCCUAUAUAGUGGUACCUUGGGUUACAUACGCUUCAGGUUACAGACUCCGCUAACCCAGAAAUAGUGCUUCAGGAUGAGAACAGAAAUCGGGCUCCGGCGGCGCGGCAGCAGCAGGAGGCCCCAUUAGCUAAAGUGGUGCUUCAGGUUAAGAGCAGUUUCAGGUUAAGAACAGACCUCCAGAACGAAUUAAGUACUUAACCCAAGGUACCACUGUACUUACCGUAUUUUUUGCACCAUAACACUCACUUUUUUCCUCCUCGAAAGUAAGGGGAAAUGUCUGUGCGUGUUAUGGAGCGAAUGCCUGCGGAUGGCGGGGGGAUCUGCUGCAGUUGUGAGCAGAGGAUCCAUGGUUCCCCUUCCUUCCCUCCUCCGUGGCUUGCUUUGAAACAGCAAAGCGGGAGAAGAGCCGCUGAUCACAUAGCAUGUCAGAUCACAUAGCAUGUCCAUGGCUACAGCUUGCACCAAAAAAAUCACGCACCCACUGUUGCCUGGGGCCGCAGUGGUGCAAAAACGUGGUUACAAAGCAUGGAUCCACAUGGAUCCUCAGGAUUUUUGCAUUGGGCUACCCCAAACUCACCGUCAGAUCACAUGUCUGUGGCCACAGCAUGAACCACAAAAAUCAUACAUCCGCUGUUUUGUUUAGAAUAUUUUUUUUCUUGUUUUCCUCCUUUAAAAACUAUGUGCGUGUUAUGGUCGGGUGUGUGUUAUAGAGCGAAAAAUACGGUAGUUAAAACCAUUGGCUCAUCUAACUCAGCCAGUGGUGCUAGGGAGGUGCUGAUGGGAAUUGCAUCCCCAAAUAUAUGGAGGGCACCAGGUUGACAAAAGCCAGUCCACACUUCAAAGCAAACACAGUCCAAGGUUUCAGGCAGUAGCAUUGCCCAGCGCUAUCUGAAGAUGCCAGCACUGAACCUUUUACAUGCAAAGUUACAGUCCCUUGAUUAGCUUCCAUGAAACCCCAGGAUUCCUGUUUGGAAAUCACUGUCCUAGUUCAUUACUGAUGCCUCUCUGGGCAAACCUGUUGGGAGGAAAAGGCUGUAUCGGUUACAUACUAGCAACACACACACAGCUUGCAGUAUGGGAAAUGGAAGAAUCAGGUUGCUCAAUGUUUCUUGUUAUCUGCAGUGUCCUUGUGUACAUCACCACUGCCUUGUCUAGUGGGAUAAGCAGAUAUUUUUGUUUCCAAGGCUGACUUAACUUUCGCCUAUAUUCUUCCUGGCACGCAUGGCUGCAAGGCCGCAUCUUCCAAAAGCUGUGCCUUAGUGGCCAUUUUGCUUUUGACUUGAGUUUUGUACGGGGCCCUGCGUCAGGAGGGCCUAACCUGCAUCCUUCCGGAUGUUAGACUCCCAACUCCCAUCAUCUGCAGCCAGCACGGCCAGUGGUCAGGAACCAAAGCCUCAUCUGAAGGCACAUAAGGCCACCACCUUGUUGAAGCUAAGCAGGUUCCUGGGUGACUGAAUUGGUAGAGAGAGUUUAGAAACUAGACCAAUGCUUGGAGGUGGUGUUAGGCCGGAUGCAGGCCAAUAAAUAGAAGCUGAAUCCUGUGAAUAUGUCUGUGUUCCAUGUCCCGAGUUUUCAAGUCAGAGAGGUGGGGAGAUUGCCUGUUCUGGACAGGGUUGCCCUUCCCGGGAAGGAGCAGGUCAGUCGCUGAGGGGUACCCCUAGAUUUGGCACUUUUCACUGGACGCUCAGUGGGACGCGGGUGGCGCUGUGGGUUAAACCACAGAGCCUAGGGCUUGCUGAUCAGAAGGUUGGCGGUUCAAAUCUCUGCGACUGGGUGAGCUCCCGUAGCUCAGUCCCUGCUCCUGCCAACCUAGCAGUUCGAAAGCACGUCAAAGUGCAAGUAGAUAAAUAGGUACCGCUGCGGCGGGAAGGUAAACGGUGUUUCCGUGCACUGCUCUGGUUCGCCAGAAGCGGCUUAGUCAUGCUGGCCACAUGACCCGGAAGCUGUACGCCGGCUCCCUCGGCCAAUAAAGUGAGAUGAGUGCCGCAACCCCAGAGUCGGCCACGACUGGACCUAAUGGUCAGGGGUCCCUUUACUUUACCUUACUGGACGCUCAGGUGGCAGUGACUAGUACAGGGGUGCCCCGCAAGACGAAUGCCUCGCAAGACGGAAAACCCGCUGGACGAAAGGGUUUUCCGUUUUGGAGGUGCUUCGCAAAACAAAUUUCCUAUGUGCUUGCUUUGCAAGACGAAAAUGUCUUGCAAGUUCCUGCGGGUUUUUUUUCCUUUCCCCCCCCUUUUUCCCAAGCCGCUAAACCGCUUAUCAGCUGAUCGGCUAAGCCGCUUAACAGCUGAUCGCUAAGCCACUUAUCAGCUGAUCGUUAAGCCGCUUAACAGCUGAUCGCUAAGCCGCUUAUCAGCUGAUCCGCUAAGCCCGCUAAGCCGCUAAUACUGUAGCGCUAAUCCGCUAAACCGCUAAUGGGCUUGCUUCGCAAGACGAAAAAACCCGCAAGACGAAGAGACUCGCGGAACGGAUUCUUUUCGUCUUGCGAGGCACCACUGUAAUGUCUUUCCAUCUCUGGCUGGUUCGCCAGCCACAGCCCCUUUUAGACAGAAAUUACUUGGCCCCAGUACUCCAUGCUCUGGUAACUUCCAGAUUGGAUUGUUGCACUUGGCUCUGUGUGGAGCUACCCUUAAAGACGGCUCAGAAAUUACAGCUGAUCCAAAACGUAGCAGCCAAAUUACUGGCUGAGGUUCCAUUAUGGAUCUUGCACAACCCCUGUUUUAAAAGAGCUAUACUGGCUUCCAGUUUAAGGUGCUCAUGCGGCGUUUAAAGCUCUAAACAACUUAGAUCCCAGAUUAUCUAAAAGACCACCUCCUCCCCUACAGAACUCCUCAGGUGUUAAGAUCAACAGAGGAGACCCUGCUAGUUGCCCCAGCACCUUCAGAAACUUUGUGGCUUUGGCCUAGGAUAAGACUUUCUCUGUGGCAGCCCCUAAGUUGUGGAACUCCCUCCACACAGAGGUAAUAAAUAAAAAUGGUGGCAGGUGGAGAACAACCAACAUCUUCAGCGCUGUGUACCAAACGGUUAAUCUACCCACUAAAAUAUAUUGAGUCAUCACAAUACCAAAGAGGGCGUACUUAUUUGUAGAGUCGCUGCUUUCUGUUUCACUUUUCAUCCUCUCCUGUAUUGUGCAAUUCUCAUGCUUUGCAUCUUCCCAGAAAUGCAGAAUCGCAAUACAUCACUUUGUGCUUCCUGCCUUCUCUCCUCACCCCCACGGCACCCUCAAAACUGCUCUGAAAGGUUGGCUGGAAACUUAGAGCGGGGGGGUGGGGGUUGGGGGGGGAGGUUUGCUGGGAGAGGGAGGGGAAGUUCUGCUGUGCUCACAGAAUUUGUUCUGCGUUUGCAACGACUUUGUUGGAUGCAGCCCAGUCAUUCCUGUCUGCCUCGAGAAGUGAGCUUAGUGCUUAUUGAAUUUGGAGAAACUCUGAGCUCUCCAGCCUCUCCCCAGCGAGGGAGCAUUGAAGAUGAAGAAACGUGCGCUCUGUAUCCGUAAAAAUCAAGCUUUGUAGAGGAAGAGCUACUAAUCACAUGUGGGCCUUUCCGCCAGGGAGCAAAGGGCAGCAUGCAUGAGCUUAAUCCCUUAUCAUUUAGAAGAGAACGCUUUGCACUUUCUUUAAGGCUGCAACAACAGCUUACUCACCUGCCUUGAUCCUUGGCCGCUGCAGCAUUGCACCAUCCCAGUGCUGGCAACUGGCUAUACAUUGCAUGUGAAGCUGUGCAGUGUCGCUGGCUUGAGUUGCAGUCCAGUCUGAGGAACCUUUGGCUCUCUGCAUGUGCCUGAGCUGUAACUCCCAUCAUCCCUGCAAUUGGGGCUGGCGGGAGUUGUAGUUCAGCCACACCUGGAGGGCCAGAAAUUCCCCGGACUUGCGAUACGUCAUCGUGAAGAAGCUGGCGGCUAAACUCCCCAAAUGGCUGCUGUUUUCAUAGGACAGCCUUCCCCCACAACCUGCUGCCCUCUGGACGUCUUAGGCUACAACUCCCACUAGUCCCAGUAGCCCCAAGCACUGGAGGGCCGGACCAGGUUGGGAAAGGCUGUCCCUGAGGAGCUGAUCUCCUCCUUCAUCCCCUGUACCGUUCUGGGGGUUCUCCUGACCCUUUUGGGCCAAUUGGGGAGCAGGGAGUCUCACUGCAUGAGCAGGAAUUGUGGUGCUGGCUUCCACUAGCACAGCAAUUUAAUUGACAGUGGCCCACGAUAAUUCCAACCCACCACCCCUAGGCUAAGGCCAAGGGGCACAGCUCCCAGGUCUGUGGAUGUGGCUUUUCAGACGAGUGUGUUUAUUAAAGUAGUCGUCCCAUUAUACAUUGGAGCGAGAGCUCAGGUUUUAGGUCCCUUCUGGAUACUGUACUUUAGUAUGCCUGAGUUAUAAGAAUUCUAAGGUCCCAAAUAUAAAAUAAACGUUCAUAAAUGUACAUAAGUAUAUUAAUCACGUGUCUGAAAUAGCACAGGAGAGCAAUCCUGAAACCAUUUUGACUCUCCCAUAUGGACCUCAAAUAUUUCUCUGAAGGAGGGAGAAAAUGGGGAAAGCCUUCCCUUUGUCUUUUUGGCAUACAAAUCCUGUCUUAAGGACAUCUUUGUGUAUGAAUAGGGUGAGCCUGUGUCCUGGAUUCAGGAACUAAAAGUAUUUGCGGGCACACGCACUAAACCCUGUCUGUGGUGCCUACCCCUUUACCCCAAAUGAUGAGACAUGAGACCAAAGUAUGGGUUCAAAUUGGCCACAACUUUAUUGAGCUUCAGAAGUGGGAAACUUGGCACAGGCCUUGGCAGGCUGCCCAGGUAAUGCAAUCAGUGACCAUUAACAGAUAUCCUGGCCAACAGAGUUUCUGCUGGAGACCGCCUCCUGUGAUGUAUUUAUGAUGUUUGGGGUGGUGGUCUUGGGCUACAGGGUGAGCAAUUUCAAAAGUCUAUAUAAGGGCUUGUGCACCAUUGUUCUGGGUUCCUCCACCUUCCCUGCGUGUGGUGAGUGAGGACCCUGUUGCAAUAGUUUAAUAAAGAUCAAGCUUACUAGCCGCUUUGCUUCUCACUAUUCUCUGGUUGGCCUCUGUUAUUUUCUCCUACCGAUAGGGAACCCACUUAAGGACUCUAAACAGGCUCUUGGAUACCCCAUAAAGGAAAAGGAGCAGGUUUUUUCUAUAUCACCUGCUCGGUUUCUCUUUCUCUCUCCCUCCCAUAAUUUUUUUGCUGCCAUUUUUAUUAUAAUUAUUAUUAUUAUUAUUAUUAUUUAGUAAAUUUAUAUACCACCCCUCAUUUGUAGAUCUCAGGGUAGUUCGCAACAUACAAAUGCUAAGUCACCAGGCAUGAGUCCAGACAAGAAGCUCUGAAACCAAUACAGUGGUACCUCAGGUUAAGAACUUAAUUCAUUCUGGAGGUCCAUUCUUAACCUGAAACUGUUCUUAACCUGAAGCACCACGUUAGCUAAUGGGGCCUCCUGCUGUUGCUGCGCCACCACUGCACAAUUUCUGUUCUCAUCCUGAAGCAAAGUUCUUAAUGCGAGGUACUAUUUCUGGGCUAGCGGAGUCUGUAACCUGAAGCGUAUGUAACCCGAGGUACCACUGUAUGAGAAAUCAGAAAGGUUUCUGUGGUUUACAUGAGUAACAAUACAGCAUCAGUAAAAGUUUCCUGUCAUUUGGGAACUAGGGUCGUGUUGCCUACAGAUAAAAGUGCAGGGGUUAAUUGGUUAACUUCUUUGAAGCACCAGGUCCACCCCCCGCCCCCGAAAAAACCACAUGCACCAGCUUUUCAAAAGAAAACCAUCCUUCUCUCCCUUCCCUCCUCUAGCCCUUCUUCAAAAGACCUAAGCCCAAGUUCAGUAAGUGUUUUGUUUCUUUUCAACAGGAAUCUUACUACCAGCCACGGACGCUUGAAAAACAUGCAGACAGCAUCCUCGCCCUGGUGAGUACAUACUCUGUGCGUUCUGUCCGCCAAUGUGCUCGUUAUCUCCCAGCUAUUCUAGACGACCUAGUGGCAGUGUAAAAUAAUAAUAAUAAUAAUAAUAAUAAUAAUAAUAAUAAUAAUCUAUUAUUUAUACCCCACCCAUCUGGCUGAGUUUCCCCAGCCACUCUGAGCGGCUCCCAAUCGAGUGUUAAAACAAUACAGCAUUAAAUAUUUAAAACUUCCCUAAACAGGGCUGCCUUCAGAUGUCUUUUAAAAUAAGAUAGCUGCUUAUUUCCUUGACAACUGAUUGGAGGGCGUUCCACAGGGCAGGCGCCACUACCAAGAAGGCCCUCUGCCUGGUUUCCUGUAACCUCACUUCUCGCAGUGAGGGAACCGCCAGAAGGCCCUGGGCGCUGGACCUCAGUGUCCAGGUAGAACGAUGGGGGUGGAGAUGCUCUUUUAGGUAUACUGGGCUGAGGCUGUUUAGGGCUCUUAAGGUCAGCACCCACACUUUGAAUUGUGCUCGGAAACGUACUGGGAGUCAAUGCAGGUCUCUCGGGACCGGUGUCAUGUGGUAUACUCAUUCUGCAAAAUGCGUUGGAAGCUUAGGGGGUUCCACUUAACUCGGGCGUAGCUAGCUGCUCCGGCACACAUGGGAGUGCCGCGGCGAGCUGCCCACGGAGUACGCCUGGCGGGCAAAAGCCACGUUUCAGGCAGCGUGGGGCUUAAAAAUAAAAUAAAACCAGUCUUCUUUCUUGCAUGUAAUAAUCUAGCACGGCAGGGAAAGAAUGCAUUAAAACUUUCCCCCUGUUGCACUAGUUUUAUACAGGUGUGGAGGGCUGUUUGUUUGUUUACAGGGGGAAGCAUUCAGAAAUCCCAGCGCACGUCCCUCACAUGAUCCUCCAUUCUGUGACGGUGCAAUCCAGAGUGCCGUUGAUCCUGCAUAAUAAUGUGUAGGACAGCUGGGGCCCGUCCCGGGGAAUUUAGGUUUCCACCUCUCCCUGGCCCAGAAUGUAACCUUUUACUAAGAGGUUGUUGAGAGAAGCAAGACCUCAUUAGGAGCAGCUCAGUGAAAGCAUGUUUACUCGCAACCCAGUCCCCCUUGGCUUCUGCUAGUAGCCAUGGAUGCAGCGCUGCGCAUUGCAGAGUUGAUUCUCUCGUCUCUCUGAGCAUUAAACGGGCUCCCUUGCCUCCCUUCUCUCCCUGUCGCUUAAAACACCAGGGCCUUCGUCAACGAGCCCCCAGAAAUGCCUAGGGAAAGCCUGUUCUCUGUGUGACUUACGCCGUUCCUUUGCUCUGUCCCUGCAGGCUUCCGUGCUGUGGUCCAUUUCCUACUACUCUUCCCCGCUCGCUGUGUUUUACCUGUACAGAAAAGGUAACGGGCUGCUGCUCUCUGGGCAAACUCUUUGGCAAGGUGCUGCUGGCUCAAGCGUAGCGCUAGAAAGCUUCCAGCACUGGGAGGUUAUGGGGGUGCGGGACUGUUAGCUCAGUGGUAAAGCACUUGUUUUCCAUGCGGAAGGCUCCAGAUUCAAUCCCUGGCCUCUCCAGGUAGAUCUUGGAAAGAUUUGCAUCUGAAACAUGAGAGCUCCGCUGCCUGGUAGGAUGAACGAGGUGCAGAAGCUGCCUUACGCCGUGUCAGUCCUUGAAUCCAUGCUGCUUCGGAUUCUUUAUUCCACAUGCAGAGAAGCUACCGCUCAUCAGACAUUGCUGAACUACAACUCCCAUCAUUCCCUGGCCCUGCCCGCUGGGGUUGAUGGGAGUUGGCAAUUCAGCAACAUCUGGAGGCUCCCACACCUGGCACAACCAACCCUAACCAACCCAGGGACUGGCGGUCUGACCAUGGUAUAAGGUCAGGGCAGAAAAUCCUAAAAUCUGCACUGAAAAACACUAUCGUUGCCACAAGAAAACUGCUGGUGUGCCCUGAGAAAUAAAUUGAAAGUUGUUGGCGAGCCAAAACUACCCCCUGACAGCAGAGGCUGUGCACCACGUCUUGUUUUUAAACCCUUUAUUUCCUGCUUUUCCCCUCAUUUUCAUCCUGUGAACCACCCUGAGAUCUUCGGAGGAAGGGCAGUUAUCUAAAUUUAAUAAAUAAGUAAACCUUCCUGCUGGCUUCUGCCGGGGGGGGGGUCAAGGGGUGACUCUGCCCUUGUCCUUGUGUUUCAUAUUGUUGUUGGGUCAGUCGGGCAAGAGAAAGGACUUCUUUACACAACCCGUACUUAAAGCUGUGAAAUCCACUCCUGCCAGAGGCAGCGAGGGCUGGUAAUGUGGGCGUCUUCAAAAGCGGAAUAUUGCCAGUCUACAGACCUCCCACAGAAGAGGCACACAAAGAAAGGUUUAUAUGGAGAGAGGGAGGGGCGCAGGUGGCACUGUGGUCUGAACCACUGAGCCUCUUGGGCUUGCUGAUCAGAAGGUUGGCGGUUCGAAUCCCCGCGACGAGGUGAGCUCCCGUUGCUUCUUUCCCAGCUCCUGCCAACCUAGCAGUCGGAAAGCACGCUAGUGCAAGUAGAUAAAUAGGUACCGCUGUGUUGGGAAGGUAAAUGGCGUUUCCGUGCACUCUGGUUUCUGUCUGGGUGUUCUGUUGCGCCAGAAGCGGCUUAGCCAUGCUGGCCACAUGACCCAGAAAGCUGCCUGUGGACAAACGUUGGCUCCCUUGGCCUGAAAGCAAGAUGAUCACCACAACCCCAUAGUCGCCUUUGACUGGACUUAACCGUCCAGGGGUCCUUUACCUUUAUGGAGAGAGGCAAUCCCUGAGGUAUUGUGGUCCUGAGCCAUUUAAGGCUUUGAAGGUCAAAAACCAACGCUUUGAGUUGGGCCCAGAAACUAACUGGCAAACAGUGCAGUCGGGCCAGGACCAGCGCAAUAUGCUCUUGCUCCAGUAAUAGUUUGUUCCUUAUAGGAGAUUGCCGUUCUUUCUCGGGGAACUGCCCUGCGUCACGAGGCAGCUGCCAUUCAGGGCCAGACAAAGGAUUCCUUGUGCGCAUGUUGUCUGGAGAAUGACAAGGAGAUUUUGCAAGGCUGACUUCUGCCCUGCAAAUGUUUCCUCAAAAUUUUUGGCGUGUGGGGUUUCCCUCUCCUCCACUUCCCAAAGUGCGAUCGUCUGCCAGUGGUAAUCUUCCUCCCUCCCCCUUCAUAUUUUGGGGAGUGAGUUCAUAGACGGGGUGAAAUUUGAAUCGGGGUGGUGAUCCGCAUCCUGCAUCACCACUUGGUCUCUUAGCAACUCGGCAAAUAUUUUAUUACACUUGGAAAACAGGCACGUAUCAUUGGACGUACAUUGGGCUUCCUCUUUUCAAAGCUCAGGUCAGCUUACGUGGGGCUCCCGGCUGUCUCCCGUCUGGGCACUAAUCCCAUCGUGUGUGUGUUUCAAUUGCCAGCUAUCUUGAGCCUGUUUUCUUUAGAAAGGUGGCUAAACGCAUUCAAUAAGCAGCACAAUUGCUACAGGAGCAGCAGGUUUUCCCAGGCAGCCCGUAGCCCUCAGCGAGAGCCUUGCUUUUCCCACAAUUUUAGUUAUAUUAUUUUCAAAAUAACUCCAGCAGCAUGAGGCAUUUUUAAUCUUCCUAACAGCAUGGGAAAACAUAAUUUAUUAUCUCUCUCACACACACCCCACUCACGGAUUUGUUAUUGACAGAAGAGCUUCUUCUGUCAGUCUCUAAGAAUCUGAGGCUACCCUCCUCACUCCCCCCCUUUUUGGAGGGGGCACAAGUCUGAAGCCUUCAUGGUUUCAGAUGCCGAAGUCACAAUGCCCCUGGCCUAUUGACAUCCUCGCUUCUGAGACUGGUGUGGAAUUCAUCUUAGGUAAAGGGACCCCUGACCAUUAGGUCCAGUCGUGACCAAUUCUGGGGUUGCGGCGCUCAUCUCGCUUUACUGGCCGAGGGAGCCGGCGUACAGCUUCUGGGUAAUGUGGCCAGCAUGACUAAGCCGCUUCUGGCGAACCAGAGGAGCGCAUGGAAACGCCAUUUACCUUCCCGCCAGAGCAGUACCUAUUUAUCUACUUGCACUUUGAUAUGCUUUCAAACUGCUAGGUUGACAAGAGCAGGGACCGAGCAACGGGAGCUCACCCCGUCGCAGGGAUUCAAACAGCCGACCUUCCGACUGGCAAGUCCUAGGCUCUGUGGUUUAACCCACAGCACCACCCGCGUCCCGGAAUUCAUCUUAAAUGAUGAUUAAUUUCAGUCAACUCAGUGUCCGACAUGUUGCAUUGUUCCUGUUUAGUUGCAUGAGGUGUCCAUAUCCCACGUGAAUAAUGUGGUCAUUUAAUGCGUCCCUCCCUCAAAUCGUAAUCUCGGGUAAUGAGGGCCAAUAGAAUAGUUGCCCAAACGGGGCGAGGGGAGAGGGAGUUAACAACAUGUUCAGAGGAGCCUUCAGCUUUGCAGAAGGACAGAAAAUAUUUUUAAAAAACAACAGCAACUGAGGUCCGGGCCUGCCCAGUAGCUACAGAAUAGUGAUUGUUUUAAAAGAAAAAUGGGUGUGUUAUGUUCUGCUGGAGCCUAACAGCAUAUAGCAUCCUGUAAAAAGGGAGACCCAGCUGGCAGAUCCCUGAACAAAAGCAUUCCUGCCAGGGAGUGAAGCUGCACAGCAACGUUUUGUGGCUGGCCCCACUGGUUGCAUUUUUCGGAUCCUGCCAUCCUAUCGAUGCUCACAGUGCAACUGCCAAGGGUUUCAACAUUCAUAGGCCAGAUGAAUCGCAGCAAUGUGACGGGUAACGGGGGCUGUGGGGGGGCCAUUCCCAUGCAGGCAGCCCUCUGCUGGCCGCCAGUGCUGUUUCACGUAAGCACACCUAACGGCUUUCCCGCUGCAAGCGCUGUGCUCGGGAGCUGCUGGCCUUUGCCCUUUGUGCACUGAUGGCAAAUCGCACACUUGCGUGUUCCUCCCGUGGGAUAGAACAGGGGUAGGCAACCUAAGGCCCGGGGGCUGGAUGCGGCCCAUUCGCCUUCUCAGUCCGGCCCGUGGGCGGUCCAGGAAUCAGCCUGUUUUUACAUGAGUAGAAUGUGUGCUUUUAUUUAAAAUGCAUCUCUGGGUUAUUUGUGGGGCCUGCCUGGUGUUUUUACACGAGCAGAAUGUGUCCUUUUAUUUAAUAUGCAUCUCUGGGUUAUUUGUGGGGCAUAGGAAUUCAUUCAUUAUUAUUUUUUUCAAAAUAUAGUCCGGUCCCCACAUGGUCUGAGGUACGGUGGACCGGCCCCCUGCUGAAAAAGGUUGCUGACCCCUGGGAUAGAACAAACGUUCUGAGCACAGUUCUCACUGUAAGAAAAGCAUCCCGUGCAAAGCAGCGCUUUGAGGUUCCGAGCGCUUGUUCUGACUGCCUCCCCUUCUUUACCUGUCUCUCUUUCCAGGGUAUUUGACGAUGUCGAAAGUUGUUGCUAUCUCUCACUAUGCCGGGACCAUGCUGCUCUUGCUGGCAGGAAUCGCCUGCCUCAGAGGUGAGCGUUUCCUGGAGUCUGAAGGCUAGUGGCAGAAAUGGGGAACCUAUGCCCCCAGCCCAAUAUCCCCAGACUACAACUCACAUCAUUCCUGACUAGGGGCAAUGCGCGCUGGGACUGACAGGAGCUGGGGGUUGUAUUCAGCUACGUUUUACUCAGAGCAAAGCCAUUGAAAUUGAUAGACCCAAGUUAGCCAAGUCCAUUAAUUUCUGCAGAUCUACUCCAAGUAGGACCAGCAUUGACUGGGACCCAACAAUGUCUUGGAAACCUUCUCCAUUGAGUCAAGAGCCACCAUUGCCUUCCUUGGAUUUUGGUGGCAUGAAAUUGUCCGAUUCAGUUUUUCUGUAGGGCCCUCAAUGCAUUUAAGCAUUUGCAUGUUUCCUUCGUGGGUCUUGGAAGGCAGUUCACAACAUGUUGGGGGCAGUGGGGAAGCUACCUAGAAGCUAUCACACCACACCACAAUUAUAAAAUCAGUAAAACAGAAAGAAAACAGCAGAUUAAGCAAAGUAAACAUGAUGAUUUGCGUCCAGCUAAAAGCAGACUGGCUGAAAUCCAUAGACUUUAGUUAGUCGCCACUGAUUUCAGCGAGUCUGCUUCAGAUUUUGACUUACUUGGAUUCAACCCACCUUGGCAGGGUAGCACAAGGGAAAAAGUCACGUCUGUGCCCCAAGGAGCUUCCAAACGACACUUCAACCGGGAGAACAGCCAGUAGGCAAGAAGGACAGGAAUAAUAUUUGUGAUAUCAAGGGGUUAAACGAAAGGCUUCAUAGAAGAGAGAGCUUUUGAGGAGGGGUGGGAAUAAAGUGAGUGGGGAGGUGGUGCUUUGUGGGUGCUGAAGCAGAAGAGGCAGCCGGAUGCUGUAGGGCUUCAGUCCCUGAAAGCUUUUCCUCCUCUUCUCAGGCAUCGGUCGCUGGACAAACCCCCAGUAUAUCCAGUUCAUCACCAUCCUAGAGGAUGCACACCGGUAUGGCACCCCUGAGCACAAGGUAAGAGUGGCUGCGAUUGACAGGCCCCAUCCUGAUCGACUCCCAAGGCCCUCCCAUCACCUCCUGACCACCCUCUGGGAGCUGCAAUCCCAACAUCUAGAAGGCCGCAGGUUCCCCAUUCCUGAUCUGUUUAGACUUACUCCUUGGCUUUCCUGUAGCUUCUCUGUGGCUUGUAGUUUUAAGGAAGCGCCAUGCUGUCAGGGACUGUGCUGAGAAGGGCUGCGCUGAGAAAGAACGAUGGCAGCCACCCCCUCCUCCUGAUCCUGAAUCUUCCCAGAAGCAGGAGGACAGUAUAGAUUUGGAACAGUGUCUUGCAGAGGGGCAUAGUUCAGAAGGCAGAAGCUGGGAAAUACUGGAUGGGGAACAGCUUGGAGGAGAAACACUGGAAGAGAGAGGGUUAACAGAUUCACUGUCUCUGGAAAGCAUCCAUCCGCUUUCCCUAAGGUCAAGGAGAGCUGAGAAAGUGGCAGAACAGAAAGCACAGAGGGUACAAACUCAGGUUACAAGACAUAGGAGUGAUGUAGAUUAAUAGGGAUGGAAGGGGAGUAAGCCUUAAUUGGGAGCACCGCCGUUCUAGAGAGAUGCGUUCUGUUGUCUCUCGCUGUGACUAUUAAAGAUUCUAACUGGUAAGAAGACUCCUUUUUCUUUGUUCUGCUUAUCUGUGGCCAAGGGGGAGAAAGCUGAUUCCCAGAAGCCUGACACAUGCUUCGCAAUUGAUCCCGGGAAAGGUUGGUUGAUCCCGGGGAAAAUAUUGAGCGUCAACUGAAAUGGGCGAAACGUUUGCCUCUUGCCCAGCCUGUGUCUGAAAGGCUAUUGAGCCAGAAGUUUUGUUGACCCAUUGAUUCAGCGUCUACAUCCGUGAUUUUUCUCACGCUUUCUCCGCAUUGCAGAAGAAACUCGCCAGUUACAACUUUGAUUUCCGGAGCUGGCCUGUGGAUUUCCGGUGGGAUGAAGCUACGAGUCGGUGAGUGGGUUGGGAGGAAACAGGAGUCCGGCCUCCUGGUCUCUUCUCCACUCUCCACAUUCCUUACCCUUGAAGGCAGCUCUCGCUUAGGAAAAGCCAGUGUUUCCUGCUAUAGGCUUCCUUGCUAUAGUCAAUCAUGUUAUGCUUCGGUAGAUGUGAAUGUACAUAAAGGCCCAGCAAUGUGCACAAUCAUAGGAUUGUAGAGUUGGAAGAGACCCUCAGGAUCAUCUAUUCCAACCCCCUGCACUGCCGGGAUAUGCAGCCGUCCCAUGCAGGGAUCGAACCUGCAACCAUGGCAUUAUCAGCACCACACUAUAACCCACUGAGCUAUCCAGGAUCUCCAGACAUCUUGGAAGACGCAUCUGAACGGCACCAGCUGGGGAUUUACAUGCUAGCCAGUGCAUGACGUCUCCAAGUGAUGUGGAAAGAGCAUUCAUCAGCUGAGACAUUUCAUACCUUUGUGGUUGCUGUGCGCAUUCUUCCUUGGAGACUUUGCACAUUCACCGGCAAAUGUGUGAAAAUUCCAGCGCGUCAUUUUUGCACAUUACCUAGUUGGGGUACAUAGCUGCCUAUUUACCUCCCAGAUAUGCAUAUGUUCUCCGCUAACCUGUGGCCCUCCAGAUGUUUGGGGGAUGGAGCUGACGGGACUUGGAGCACCUGGGGGGGGCGCCAGAGAAAAGUCAGGGUAGUCACUUCCAACUCCCUCCUGCAGGUCAGAUUCCCGAAACGUUCCCCUGUUGCGGUCAGAACCAAAGCACCGGAGUGCUGUCAACGGCUUCCUCCACGCCCUUAAGAAGCUGCCCUGCCAGAUUGCCAGGUAAACCUCCUCUUUCACUCUUUGCCCUUCUGCAAAGUAUAGCUCAGAAGCGUGAGCCCCUGCCUGCUGAUGCCCACAGUUAUCAGCGUUUGGCCUUUGACAUGCCAGGAGCCCAACUUGAAUGUGCUCUAAGGACUGGCUGUCUCAUAUCCGACUCAGGGUAGGGUUUUCAUAGUUAACCAGGGUCUCUGUUUUCAAUUCAUAGAGUCCUUUCUACAGGUCAGUUAUUCGCUGAGAGACAUUGUUGUCAUAGACAUGGUGAGGUUGGUGGGGAGAAAGAAGGCGGGUAACGAUCCUUAUUUUCCUUAGUAUAUGUGCAGAGUUAUUGUGUCGGUGUCAUGAGGGUAGGUUCUUUGAGGCGUUCUCAAAGUAAAGGAAGGAUUGAACUCUGAUUAGUAAGAAUACACACAGAAGCUUGAACUAGCAAGACUCUGAGAAGGGUGCGUAUAAUAAUCUGUCUCUCUACCCCUCAGCCCAGGUCGUUUUAUUCACAAAAGAACCUUUUACCAAUCAGAUUUCUUCUGAGCAUUUCAACAAACCCCACGUGGGGACAAAGUUAAACUACAGACACUAGUUAGGCACGCAUACUUUUGGGUAAAUGAAUGAAAACUACAAAGGAGUGCAUUCAGCAACCCCGGAGGUCAUAACCAAUCAAUACACAUGAUAAGAAGGAUGGCCAGGAGGACAGCGAUCAUUACCACCUUUAUGUGAGACCUGUUUCCUGGCCCUAAGAUUAACAUCCUGGGAUUAACAUAUCAGAAAAGCUACAGCAAAGAAACUGCCCACUGUCUUUGAUGACCCAGUACGCCUGUCUGCCUAAGUGUGUACGUGACUUGUGAAGAAAGAGAAAUGGAACAGGGAUGCGGAGGUGUGGAUUGAUCAAGAAUCAUAUCAAAAUAGUUUAAACCCAGUCAACGCAAUGCUUUCAUUGCUGACACAGAUGGCUUACUCUAUAUUUGUUAUAGUUCCUCAUAGCAAUCCCACCUGAUCACUAUAGUUCUUCAUUUGUCUGCUUGUUUGUUUUUGUCGUGGGUGCAAGAAGUUGAAGAGUCCAGAGCAUGGUUGACUGGGGGUGCAAUGAGCCCCAAACUUUCCACUGAGUUACCCAUCCAUGGUUGGAGACUCCCUCAGUUCAAAGCUCAGCAUGGCGGAUGCAUGCUUUGGAGACACCGAUCCCUUAUUUCUCAUUUUCUUUUCUUUCUUCCUUGACAGCUUCAUAGUGGCUCACACCUUUGGACGACGCAUGCUGUACCCGGGCUCCGUGUAUCUCCUGCAGAAGGCCCUUAUGCCCAUGUUGCUCCAAGGGCAGGCCCGGCUGGUGGAGGAAGUGAGUGCCAGCUAGCUGAGAAGCCGCGAUCAGUUUCUCCGUAGCCGGACGACACGGAAGUGCUGCUUCCCGGCUUUGUUUCUCACCUGGGAAGCUAAGAGGCUUAAAUCCCAACCGUGCUCUGUCCCUCUUGUAUGUUGCAGUGCAACGGGAAGCGAGCGAAACUGGCGGCUUGCGAUGGAAAUGAAAUCGACACCAUGUUCAUGGACCGCAGAGAGACCUCUGAGCCCCAAGGCAGGAAACUGGUGAGUUGACACCCAAGGACCAGCGCCUAAGAUCUUGUUCAUUCGUCCAGUGCUGUGCAGGGGCAAGAGAUGAAGGAAAGCGAUAAUAAUAAUAAUAUAAUACUUAAUAAUUUAUUUAUACCCCGCCCAUCUGGCCACUCUGGGUGGCUCCCAACAGAAUAUUAAAAACACAAUAAAACAUUAAAAACUUCCCUAAACAGGGCUGCCUUCAGAUGUCUUCUAAAAGUCUGAUACAGUGGUACCUCGGGUUACAUACACUUCAGGUUACAGACUCCGCUUACCCAGAAAUCGUUAGAGGGGGGUUUUCCACUGGUGGCAGAUGACAGAGACUCUGACUCCAUGAGACAGGUGUAAAACCAAAUUAAAUAAAGGUUUUAUUUCAAAACAACAAACAGCAAAGCUUGUGGGUGUUUUCCCUACAGGCAGGGUUCAAACUGCAGCUUUUCUCCUUUUGUAGCCAUGGCCAGCUGCAACCAAUUAGCCCAGAGCUCACAAAAACUGUUCUUAAAGGUAUAAACAUGUUUCUGUUCAGAAUGAUUCCCAACAGAAAUAUUACCUCGGAUUAAGAACUUUGCUUCAGGAUGAGAACAGAAACCGUGCAUCGGCACAGCAGCAGUAGGCCCCAUUAACUAAAGUGGUGCUUCAGGUUAAGAACAGUUUCAGGUUAAGAACGGACCUCCAGAACAAAUUAAGUACUUAACCCGAGGUACCACUGUAGUUGUUUAUUUCCUUGACAUCUGGUGGGAGGGUGUUCCACAGGGCGGGCGCCACCACCGAGAAGGCCCUCUGCCUGGUUCCCUGUAACCUCACUUCUCACAGUGAGGAAACCGCCAGUAGGCCCUCGGAGCUGGACCUCAGUGUCCGGGCUGAACAAUGGGGGUGCAGACAUUCCUCCAGAUUUGGCUUGCUGCAAGGUACAUCUUCUGCUGGCUUCAAACGUAAUAGCUUCCCUCUCUCCCUUUUUCUCUGCAGGUUAUUUGCUGUGAAGGAAAUGCGGGCUUUUAUGAAGUUGGCUGCCUCUCCACCCCGCUGGAUGGUAUGAUUCAAGUCUCUCUUUUUCCCCACCAAAAAACAAAGCAAAACUGUUAGGGUUAGAAUGGAAGAUUCUCCUGGAACUUUGCAUUGUGCUGUUUGAGAGAGGGAAGCACAUUUGGGCGCAACCGUUCUAGUUCCAUUUUUCCAGCUUGGACAGAGUUGCUUAGUCAAGACGUUCUGUUUUUUUCCCCCCCAAAUGAUAUUUAUUAAAAUUUCAGAAAAAAGAGUUACAUAAAAACAAGAAAAGCAAAAACAAAAGACAGAAGUAAAAAUACAAGAAAAAUACAAAAUACAGAAUAAAAGAAUAAAAAACACUUAAAAAAAUAGAUCAAUCUUUCCAUGCCUUACAUUCAUAUCCUUGUUUCCCUGACCUCCUCAUACCUCCCUUUUUUUGUAUUCCAAUUCAAUUAGUUAAUUCAGCAAUUUCUUUCCCUCUUUAUUUUCUCUUAAUCCUUUAACUUAAUAUACUAUAACUUUAAAUUUUCACCUGUUAUCAAUCCAUUUUUACAUACAUCUUUAUAGCAUUACUGCUUAAACCACCUAACUUCAUUCUAACAUCAUUCUAACAUUCAUUAAUUUUGCAAUGUUUCUGUAGAUAGUCUUUAAAUUUCUUCCAAUCUUCUUCCACCAACUCUUCUCCCUGGUCUCGGAUUCUGCCAGUCAUUUCCGCCAAUUCCAUGUAGUCCAUCACCUUCAUCUGCCAUCCUUCCAGAGUGGGUAGUUCUUGUGUCUUCCAAUACUUUGCAAUAAGUAUUCUUACUGCUGUUGUGGCAUACAUAAAGAAAGUUCUAAUAUUGUAUCUUACUUGUAUCUCAGAUGCAGAGUUAACUGUCAAAGAGUACUUUCAGCAGCAGCGCAUUUCACAAUACGGCUUUCUUACUGUUCACUGGCAACCCGUUCCCAGGUUUUUGAGCGGUGUAUUUUAGCUUCUUUUUCUCUCUUUUUGCGGGGAAAUACAGUUCAGACCUUUCCCCCCUCCUCCCCUGCAAUCAAGGGGGGAAAGUCGCUUAUUUUAUGUUCGAAUUAUAAUCCUUUUCCAACGUCUUUCAAGGUUUCCGCUUACAAGUUCAUUGCUUUACUCCAUUUACAAAGAACGGAAGGCAGACUUCCUGUUUAUGCCUCUCCGCUUCGGUGCCAAAUUAUUUCUUAGUUCCUUUGUUUCCGAAAUUAGCCUACUCACGGAUCGUUGUGUUGCAGCCAAAUUGUCCCCGGAAAAAGGCAGCGCUCUCCGGUAACGGCUGUGCGGCUUCGCUCCACGGAAGAAGCAGUUGACUCACAGCACCGCGCCACUUCCCCGCUCCGCUCCGGAACCCGUAAUCGGGCUCCUUUGCAAGUUGGGGGGCGCAAAAGGUGCCCGCCGAGUCCCACGGUCACAGGCUUCACCCGCCUGUGAUUUUUGAAGGGUCCCCGCUUCACCGUAGCGGUGCAGACUCGAUUUCCGCAGAGCCGGUUCCCUCCGAGUCAGAGGGAAUCCUCCAUUACCGAUGGUGCCACCCCGGAAGUCUCAGUCAAGACGUUCUGAUUCCCAGAACCUGAUGCAGGAAUUUUUGACUGUGGUGCUGGGGACCUGUGAAUAUCCUUUUGCUGCCUCUUCAGAUAUUUCUGGGACUGAACCAGAAAGCAGGUGACUUUAUCAUCUGUGCAACUCUCCACUAAUACGUGCCCUUCCCUGGGAUGCAGAGAUAUGCUCAGCACUGAUACGUUCAAAUCUUGCUGGGGAGAAAAAACCGAUCUUUCCUUCUUCUGCUCCCCAAAUGCUGAUCUUCAGUUGCUUCUUCACUUGAUAAAAUGAACGGCAAUUCCUUGUUUAUUGCAACUUGGAAGCGGCGCCACACGAACAAGCCAACAAGCGAAAAUGUCCUUUGGCCAAAGAAGCAGAGGCGACAUUUUGUGAAGCUUGUGGGGACCUGUUUAGGGCAGAACCUGCUGGGCUUUCCAAGCCCUUGUUCAUGAGAUGCGUUCCUCAUUGACCAGGCCUUUGGCUGUUGAACAUCCGAUGCCCUUCUAAAAUGUGUUGUGGAAGAGGGGAGGAUUAUGGGGUUGUCUUUAUUUCUAUUAUGUAUUUUUAAAAUAUAUAUUGUGAUUUUAUGUUGUGGGUCACCCUGAGAUCUACAGGUAUAGGGCAAUAUACAAAUCGUAUCAUCAUCAUGCCAGUCACCCAUGACAGCACAUCUCCCCACUUGCGAUUUCCAGCAGCCAAUGUUUAGAGGCGCACUGCCUCUUGACGGUCAAGUUAAAACGCAGCCAUCGUGCCCAGUGACAGCCUUACCUCCUAUGAAUUCACCCUCUCUCUUUCUCUUUUAGCUGGAUUCUCAGUGCUGGGAUGGAAUCACCCCGGAUUUGCAGGCAGCACGGUGAGUUACGUCAAGAUUUUAUUAUUUUUAAUCAUUUUUUUAAAUUUUCCAAUAAAAACAGUCUAUUAACAUAUCCAUAUAAUCAUAAUCAUGAUCCAAUUAAAAACAAUAAACUAAAAAAACAACCAAAUUACAGUCCAAAUUAUUAAUUAUUACAGUGGUACCUCGGGUUACAUUCGCUUCAGGUUACAUACGCUUCAGGUUACAGACUCCGCUAACCCAGAAAUAGUGCUUCAGGUUAAGAACUUUGCUUCAGGAUGAGAACAGAAAUCGUGACCCGGCGGCGCAGUGGCAGCAGGAGGCCCCAUUAGCUAAAGUGGUGCUUCAGGUUAAGAACAGUUUCAGGCUAAGUACAGACCUCCAGAACGAAUGAAAUACUUAACCCGAGGUUCCACUGUAAUUUGUUCUGGGCUUCCCAUAGUCUGGACCUCUGUAGUAUAUCUCCAGUAUCUUCCUGCCUUCUUCCUCUUGUUCUCAUAUUUUCCACAUGCGAUUCUCAAUCAUGUCAGAAAUCAUAUAUCCUUUUCUCCAUCGAGUACAGCUUUGUUUGUGUAUAUAUAUUUUUUCAACUGUCUGUUUACCAGUGCAGCUUUUCCUGACUCCAUUCCAGUCUUCCAAUCCAGGCUGUUGUCCAAGUCUAAUUGUUAAAUUAUUAAGCAUACUGUUAGCAAUUAUUGAGCAUACUGUUUGCAAGUUACGUCGAGAUUUUAGAUUGGGUUACUUUUAGGGCAUCCAGUGGAUGUUGUCCGGAUAAAUCCAAUUUAGAUGGACCCAUUUGGAAUCGGGCACGGGGCGGUGGGUGAGAAAGAUGUGCCCUUCCAUUUAGACAUUUCCUCAAGUCACUCGGAAUUCUGGAUAUCGAGGCUUCUCUCUUCCUGGUCUCUGCUCUCUGAUUUGCACUGUCUCCCUUAAUAAAAGAGGGAACAGCACAGCAAUUGGUCUUUCCAUUGGUAGGUCCCUGCCAUCCAGGUUGCGGGGACAGAAUGCCGUUCCGUUUAGCACUGGAUCAGUGCUGGAGAUUCUAGCACCACCACCCCACCCCACCCCGCUUUCAGGCUCAUAGGCUCUAAAAGACAUGCCACGAAAGGAAUGGGGAAGGAGGAAGAAUUGGAAAAGGUUAAUAAUAAUAAUAAUAAAUUUUGGAAGAAAUUUAAAGUUUAUUUACAGAAACAUUGUAAAAUUAAGGAAUGUUAGAAGGAUGUUGGAAUGAAGUAAUGUGGUUUUAGCAGAAAUGCUAUAAAGGAUUAAGAAAAAACAGAUUGUUAAAUGGUGAAAGGAAGGAAAGUAAAGUUACAAUAUAUUAAGAUAAAAUAGAGGACAAAAACUGGAAAAGAUGGAAAGGACUUGCUGGAAUAGCUAACUGAACUAGAAUACAAAAAAAGGGAGGUGUGAGGAGGUCAAGGAAACAAGCAAAUGAAAGAUAAGUUAUGGGAAGAUUCAUUGUAUUUUUUUUCCUUUUGUCUUCUUUUCUUUAUUGUGAUGUGAUGUUCUGUUUUUCUGCUUAAUAUGCUGUUUUCUAUUUUUUCUUUUUGUAAUCUUUUAAAUCUUAAUUAUUAUUUAAAAUAAUAAUAAUAAUAAUAAUAAAAUAAUAAUAAAAAAUUUAUUUAUUAUUUAUACCCCGCCCAUCUGGCAGGGUCCCCCCAGCCACUCUGGGUGGCUUCCAACAAAACACUAAAAUACAAUAACCUAUUAAACAUUAAAAGCUUCCCUAAACAGGGCUGCCUUUAGAUGUCUUCUAAAAGUUUGGUAAUUAUUUUUCUCUUUGACAACUGGUGGGAGGGCAUUCCACAGGGCGGGUGCCACUACCGAGAAGGCCCUCUGCCUGGUUCCCUGUAACUUGGCUUCUCGCAGCGAGGGAACCACCAGAAUGCCCUUGGCACUGGACCUCAGUGUCUGGGGUGAACGAUGGGGGUGGAGACGCUCCUUCAGAUAUACUGGACCAAGGCCGUUUAGGGCUUUAAAGGUCAGCACCAACACUUUGAAUUGUGCUCGGAAACGUACUGGGAGCCAGUGUAGGUCUUUCAAGACCGGUGUUAUAUGGUCUCGGUGGCCACUCCCAGUCACCAGUCUAGCUGCCGCAUUCUGGAUUAAUUGUAGUUUCCGGGUCACCUUCAAAGGUAGCUCCACAUAGAGCGCAUUGCAGUAGUCCAAGCAAGAGAUGACUAGAGCAUGCCCCACUCUGGCGAGACAGUCCAUAGGCAGAUAAGGUCUCAGCCUGCGUACCAGGUGGAGCUGAUAAACAUCUGCCCAUGGACAGCUGUGAGUCCAAAAUGACUCCCAGGCUGCACACCUGGUCCUUCAGGGGCACAGUUACCCCAUUCAGGACCAGGGAGUCCUCCACACCUGCUCACCUCCUGUGCCCCCAAAACAGUACUUCUGUCUUGUCAGGAUUCAACCUCAAUCUGUUAGCCGCCAUCCAUCCAGACACUCACACAGGACCUUCACUGCCUUCACUGGUUCCGAUUUGAAAUAUAGGUGUGCCUGAAGGAUAAAAUAAAAUAAAAGCGAGAGGAAGCAGAGAGGAAAGGAAAGCUCUCCUUGAUCAGACAAACAUCCUCACAGCUCUCCCAUGAGUCUUCACUCCCAGCUUCUCCUUGCGCUGACCAUUUCCCUCUCCUGCCUCAGGGAGUGCCGCUGCCUCAGAAUGAAGCCAACGCCAUGGAUGUAGUGAUGCAGUAUGCCAUUCACCGCUUGGGCUUUUUCCCUGAGGACAUCAUCCUCUAUGCCUGGUCCAUUGGAGGCUUUACAGGUAAGAAGCACUGCUAGCCAGAGCUGUGAUGCGUUGAGACCGCCGUGAUAGGCAGGGGGAAAUGGAUUAGCCAGAGAUAGGCUGGAACAGGCAGGAGAACGACAGCAUGCGAUUUGCCACUGGAUUUCUGGGAAUAUGCGCAAGGCCUUGUGAAGGAAACCCUUCUUGAAGGCCUAAUAAUAAUAAUUUUUUAUUUGCCUAAUAAUAAUAAUUUAUUAUUUGCCUAAUAAUAAUAAUUUAUUAUUUGCCAAAUAAUAAUAAUUUAUUAUUUAUACACCACCCAUCUGCCCGGGUUUCCCCAGCCUCUCUAGGUGGCUCCCAACAGAAUUAAAAGCAAAAUAAAACAUCAAAUAUUAAAAGCUCUCCUAAACAGGGCUGCCUUCAGAUGUCUUCUAAAAUUCAGAUAGUUGUUUAUUUCCUUGACAUCUGAUGGGAGGGCAUUCCACAGGGAGGGCGCCACCACCGAGAAGGCCCUCUGCCUGGUUCCCUGUAACCUCAAUUUUCUUAGCAAAGGAACCGCCAGAAGGCCCUCAGAGGUGGACCUCAGUGUCCGGGCUGGACGAAGGGGGUGGAGACGCUCCUUCAGGUAUACUGGGCCGGGGCCGUUUAGGGCUUUAAAGGUCAGCUCCAACACUUUGAAUUGUGCUCAGAAACGUACUGGGAGCCAAUGUAGGUCUUUCAGGACUGGUGUUAAAUGGUCUCAGCGGCCACAUGGUGUCAUCCCCCUGGAAUUGGGCGAGGGGGGUAUUUAUGCCCAGAGAUGGAAAGUCCAUAUAGCACCCGUCCUUUCCCCCACGAGUUGACACAAUGCACGCUCCGCCAGUAAGUUCUCCUUCUAUAAGCCGGUGCAAACAAGGCCCGUCCAGGCCCUCAAGAAACAAACGGUUCUGAUAUUUCUAGCCAUAAACAAGAGCGGGGAGUUGGAAUAAUAUUAUAAGUUUUGGGAGCAGGAAACCUUAGCCUUAGGAUGGGAAGGAGUCAAAACUUGGUGGUAGUCAAACAGGGGAGCGGAGUGGCGUUGAGGCUCCGUCCAGCGCACAUUUGAGUCCUCCAAUAACUCCUCUUGUCUCUCUCUCUUCUCUCCUCCAACCCAACAGCCACUUGGGCCGCCAUGUCGUACCCGGACGUCAGUGCCCUUAUUCUAGACGCCUCCUUCGAUGACCUCGUUCCUCUCGCCCUCAAGGUCAUGCCGGAAAGCUGGAGUAAGGGGAAGCAAACAGAAAAUGCAUACAUUCUUUUCUAUGCUCAAAUGGUUUCAAACCCUUUUAUUUGUUUUGUUUUGAAAUGAAAUCCACCCCACCACAGAGAGUUAAUAUGCAAUAUUUCUCAGUCUGGCGCUUUCCACCUCCCCCCCCCCCAAGUGGUCAAACCAUUCAGCACCCUAGCAGUAACCCUUGGAAGCCCCUCUGGUACACAUUUUGGGGGGUCAUGCUGAGAUUUCAGGGGCUGCCUGUCAGUAAGUGCGUUUCCCGUGAUGAGAUUUGAAGCAGGAACUCCCAUGCUUAUAACCACUUUACUAUUUCUCUGUUCACUAGCAGGCCAUCCUGGGGGUCUCCUUCUCCCCUCCAUCAUUUGGGCUCAGGGGACCCCUCACCUUGAUUUUUGUUCUAAGUCACGAUCAUAUCUCUCUCCCCCUGCCCCAAAUGUUCUUUGGCACAAUACCUUCUUGCCAUAAAGUGUUUCUCCCUUUGCCACCUAAGCUCUCGUCUUCUCUGUUUUAGCCGUACCUUUGUAAAAUAUAUCACUGUGCCCCACCAAGAUCCCCAAUCCUGGACAGCCAUUCGUAUGAACCAAACGUUUUAGUUCCCUUUCCAUUUCCUCGUCGUUUAAAACCACCAAGGUGUGUGGUAUUUGUGGUUUCUGUUAUGGCUGCCGAGUGUUUCCCCAAAGAGUAAGGGGAGGGUGUUCUAGAGAGGAUCCCCCCCCCCCAUUCGAAGGGGCCUUGCGGUGUUUACAAAAUGUACAGGUUGAGCAGAUAUUUACUAGGGCACGGGAACUGUGUGCAGGCAGCGAAUGUCAGCCCAGAAUCCCGAAAUUCUAAAAAGCUGUGGGUACAGUCCUCUAGAUGUGCACUUUAGGGGUAAACCCCAUAGAUUUCAAAGAGACCCAGCGCUGUCUUACACACUCAGACAAAUAAACAGUCUAUCCUGGCACUGUUUGUUCUAACGCAGUGAAUCUAUAAGAUUUUCCCAGCCUGGUUACCCAGAGAUCCUUUUAAGUGAAGAUGCCAAGGCCUGUACAUGAAGCCAUUCACAUGCAAACCCUGUUCUCUUAUCGAUGGGUUUUGAUCCCUUUCCUUUAAUGCCACAUCAAUAUCAUAGAACGACCCUUUGCAAUGCAGCAAUCUCAACUAAAGCAUCCAUGAUGGAUGGCCACCCAGCCUCUGCUUAAAAACCUCUAAGGAAGGAGAGUCCACCACUUCCCAAGGGAGUCCAUUCUUCACCACACUUGGCUGUGAAACCGCUUGAUCCCCUUGUUGUCCUUUAAUGAGAGAUAUAUCCUAGGCGACAGGCUAUCCAAACAGGCUUAGAUCAUCUAUUUAUUAUUAAUGAAUAUUAAUGAUUAAAUUUGUAUACCGCCCUAUACCCACAGGUCUCAGGGCAGUUCACAACAUAAAAUCAGAAUACAGGGGUACCUUGGUUCUUGAAUUUUAUCCGCGAACGGAACAGUUCAAAAACCAAGGCGUGGCUUCCAAUUGGCUGAAGGAGCUUCCUGCACUCAAUCGGAAACCGCAUGCCGGAUGUUCGGCUUUCGAAAAUCAUACGGAAACCGGAACGCUCGCUUCUGGUUUUCGUUCGCCCAGGAUCCGAAACAUACGAGUUUCGAGUCAUUUAGCUUCCGAGGUUCUACUGUGUAAAAACUCAAAAUACGUAACAGUGGUUAAGAACUUAAUUUGUUCUGGAGGUCCGUUCUUAACCUGAAACUGUUCUUAACCUGAAGCACCACUUUAGCUAAUGGGGCCUCCCGCUACCGCCGCGCGAUUUCCGUUCUCAUCCUGAGGUAAAGUUCUUAACCUGAGGUACUACUUCCGGGUUAGCGGAAUCUGUAACUUGAAGCAUCUGUAACCUGAGGUACCACUGUUAUAAAAGCAAAAACAACCCAAUAACACUCCCUCUCCUCAGCACAUUUUUAAAAGGCACUGGAUGUCAGUCAGCCCACGGUCUGGUUAAAGAGGAAUGCUUUUUCCUAAAGAUGUACAAUGAAGGUGCCUGUCAAACCUCUCUAGGGAUCUACUAAUUGUCCAUUUUGUUAAGCCAGGUUACUGUGAUAACUAUGGAAGAGAAUUGAAUUACGGACGUCCUUGCUGGUGGACAAAGCUGAUCUAAUGCCUUCCCUUCCUUCCGCAGGGGGCUUGGUCACCAGGACUGUGAGGCAACACCUGAACCUAAACAACGGGGAACAGCUUUGCAGGUAGGCAGCAAAGGAAAAACUGGAUAGUCAAAAGCGCCGGCAGGAAAAUGAGGAGAAAUUAGCAAACGUGUUGACAUCUAAUCUUCGGAAUAGUGAAGCUGGGUUUUGCGCUGAAAUGCCGGGGUGGGAAAUGAGCUGGUUUUAAGAACAGGCAGGCUGGCGGCCCCCAAAUGGACGGUUUUUCCUUCGCAGGGGAAUGCAGCUGGCUGCCGGCCUUUCAAGAGGGUUUCUGAAAACUCAGCCUGUUUCCUUGGCUUUUGACUGAAAGCUUUUAUUGCCUCGCACAGAUUGCUCUCUCGUGGAAUCGAUUGUAAUGAAGUUUCAGGCUUGUUGCCGGUCGGGAGGGCGUAGCUUUGAAAGGCAGCUUGGAAAACACGUGAUGUUAAAUAUUAAACCGUUCAGCUGAACGGUUGUCACUUUUAUUGGAGCAGUAGCCAGGAUCCCCAAAUCACCAGGAAUACUUGAGGCGGGGGGGGGGGGGCGAGAAAGAAAUGGAGCCAGGGCAGAUUUGGCUUCGUUACAAAAUGCUGUUUUCCCUCACCUCGCGGAAACGUUUUGUCUGAUUAGUGUUCUGAGGAGAGAGAUCCGGUGGUACUGGGAUUGGGGAUUUAUUGAGAUUGUGUUGUGGAACAAGGGAGGGUCAGUCUUUAGCAAGACAGAAAUCUAGUACCACACAUGCUGUAUUUUAGCUGUUGUGGCCAAACUAAUAGGCUAAUGUAAAGAAACCAUGUGUUAACAUUUGGAUGGCACGCUAACGGGGUCCUGUGCAGAAUGAGAUGGGAUAAUAAUAAUAAUAAUAGUAAUUUUAUUAUUUGUACCCCGCCCAUCUGGCUGGGUUUCCCCAGCCACUCUGGGCGGCUUCCACAGAGACCAAAAAUACACUAAUAUGUCACACAUUAAAAACUUCCCUGAAUAGGGCUGCCUUAAGAUGUCUUCUGAAUGUCAGGUAAUUGUUUAUCGCUUUGACAUCUGCUGGGAGGGCGUUCCACAGGGCGGGUGCCACUACUGAGAAGGCCCUCUGCCUGGUUCCCUGCAACCUCACUUCUCUUAGCAAGGGAACCGCCAGAAGGCCCUCGGUGCUGGACCUCAGUGUCCGGGCAGAACGAUGGAGGUGGAGACGCUCCCUUGCUGCUGGACCUCUUCCCUUGCUGCUGGAAAUUCUGUCUGAGACUGACUUUGAGUCUUUGCCUUCUACUAGCCUUCAGCUGCCUGGUGCCUUUCAGAUAUUGUCGGACUACAUAUCCCAUCAUCCAUUGGCACGCUCUUGGCAUUGCGGUCCCAAAGACAACUGGGGUGUACCAUGUUGCUGAAGGCUGAUCCACAUAGUACUUUCCUAGAUGGUUAAGCUUUCCCUCAGAGCCACCAAGGACCAGAAAUUUGAUCCUAGUUAAAAUGAAAGCUGUGUGAGUUGCCAGCCUCCAAAUUGAGGCUUGACCGUUUGGUGGUUACAAGCAUGACAGCGUCUGCUUUCAGCUGGAAUUUGGCCCCAGGUCUCCUUGCAAAUGAGCACUCUUAGCUAGGUGGAUUACAUGAAUUCAACAGACUCGGUGGCUGUGUUUAGGCUACCACAUCUCAGCUUUUUAAGCCAAGAUAUGUGUGGACCCACAUCUCAGCUUUUUAAGCCAAGAUAUAUGUGGACCUGCCGUGAGGUCCCUUCGCAUUAAGACACAAUUAAACCAAGACGUUUCUGACCGCAGCUUCCCUUUUUCAUCCAUACUGGGAGGCUGCAGUUACCAGCUUGGGAACAAGCCAAAAUCUCAGCAUCAACUUUCAGCCAUGGUUUGUGAUCCUGACUUCUUCCAAACCAUAGUUUCUUGCUUUGGACAGAACAGGAAGUUAGAAUGACAGUGGUACCUUGGGUUAAGUACUUAAUUCGUUCCGGAGGUCCGUUCUUAACCUGAAACUGUUCUUAACCUGAGGUACCACUCAGGCUGCCGCGGCACCGUCGGAGCACGGUUUCUGUUCUCAUCCUGAGGUAAAGUUGUUAACCCAAGGUACUAUUUCUGGGUUAGCAGAGUCUGUAACCUGAAGCGUAUGUAACCUGAGGUACCACUGUACUUAGAAGCUUCUUGGUUUCAUUGUGGCUCGUGCAAAGGGAGGAGCCAAAGGGUCUUUGUGCACAGGAUACGAUUGCCUGAACCGUGCCAGUAUCUGCUUCACAUAGGAUAUUUUAUAGUCCGCUCUUCUUUUGGGAAACUGCAAUGCAGUGUACCUAUGGCUUCUAGCCAAUCUCCCAGUCAUUUGUCUCGUUGAGCCCAGUUAGCUUAGCUUCAUCAGCCGCAUACAAUCUUCAGACAACGCCUUGACAUGGUCUCCUCCUCUUCAGAUACCAGGGCCCCGUGUUGCUGGUGCGCAGAACCAAAGAUGAGAUCAUCACUACGACGUGAGUAACAACUGCAGUGGAGAAAAAUAGCCUGCUAUCUGGCCGGCAUUGCUAAGCCGUACCUGUCCCAGCUGAGAUUUGAACGAUGAGAUAAUGGAAAUCUUGCUUCUACAUAAUUGCUGUCCCUCAGAGAAGAGGAUGGCCAUGGGGAAAACCUUGUCAUCUUUGGUAGAAUACACAAGAAUAAUACAGUCCUAACUCUAUGCACUUCUGGUUCUCUAGGGUUCCUGAAGACAUCAUGUCCAACAGAGGGAAUGAUUUGCUUCUGAAGUUGUUACAGCACAGGUGAGCAGAUGUUGAAAUCACAAUCUCAGCUGCACCAUCUCAAAAUUAUCGUCCGUUCCCUUGCUCUCACAUUUUCUCCCGUGUGAUGUGACUACUGCCAGGGCAAAGCUAAAACCCGCUUUCCCACUAACUUGAAAAGGUUCUGAAAAUCAAUCCCUGUAUUUUUCGACCCAUAGGGCGCACUGGCCCAUAGGACGCACCUAGGUUUUUUUUGGGGGGGGGGGAAUAAAGAAAAAAAAUUAUUUUCCCCCCAGGCGUGCGGGGCUGGGGCGGGGGGAGCCCGAGCUUCCCCCGACCCCAGCCCCCAGAACAGGCAGCUCUCUGCAAGCCUUGGGAGACCGGCGCGACUUCCCGCCGGGCUCCCAUGGCUUGCGGAGAUCUGCCUGAAGCCCAAACCAGGUUGGGGAACCGAAACCCGGGGUGCGCUGUGCAGCGCGCCCCAGGCUUCAAGAUGCAGGCUGCUAUCCACAAGCCUAGGGAGCCCAACGGGAACUCCCGCGGGCUCCCAAGGCUUGCGGAGAGCUUCCUGAAGCCUGGGGAGCGAGAGGAGUCGGUGCGCACUGACCCCUCUCGCUCUCCAGGCUUCAGCGAAAGCCUGCAUUCGCCCCAUAGGACGCACACACAUUUCCCCUUCAUUUUUGGAGGGGAAAAAGUGCGUCCUAUAGGGCGAAAAAUACGGUACGUGGCGCUUUUGUGGGUUGACAUGUAGCCACAUUGUUGUUGUUGUUUAGUCGUGACCCCAUGGACCAGGGCAUGCCAGGCACUCCUGUCUUCCACUGCCUCCCACAGUUUGGUCAAACUCAUGCUGGUAGCUUUGAGAACACUGUCCAACCAUCUUGUCCUCUGUUGUCCCCUUCUCCUUGUGCCCUCCAUCUUUCCCAACAUCAGGGUCUUUUCCAGGGAGUCUUCUCUUCUCAUGAGGUGGCCCAAAGUAUUGGAGCCUCAGCUUCACAAUCUGUCCUUCUAGUGAGCACUCAGGGCUGAUUUCCUUCAGAAUGGAGAGGUUUGAUCUUCUUGCAGUCCCUGGGACUCUCAAGAGUCUCCUCCAGUACCAUAAUUCAAAAGCAUCAAUUCUUCGGCGGUCAGCUUUCUUUAUGGUCCAGCUCUCACUUCCAUACAUCACUACUGGGAAAACCAUAGCUUUUUAACUAUACGGACCUUUGUUGGCAAGGUGAUGUCUCUGCAGGGUAGCCACAUACCCUGAUUUUUUUGGUAACCCCAUUUUUUCACCAUCUCUUAACUUCUCCUCUGUGUCGCUGCCCUUUCCUCUGCACCCAACACCGACUCUCCUCGCUUCUAUUUCUUCUUUGUUGUUGCUGGCUGUGAUCCGUUUCAACGAGCUUCUCCCUGCCUCCAGGUAUCCCAAAGUCAUGGCCGAAGAGGGCAUCCGAGUCGUACGAGAAUGGCUGGAGGCUUCCACACCCAUGGAGGAAGGUAAAGUUGACUAAUGCCAGGCCAGGAGCAGACAGCAUGGUCCUCCUCCAGGUCUGGUGAGCUACAAACCUCCCAUUGGCCCCAACCAGCAUGGGCAGUGGUCUGAUGGAAGUUUGGGCGCCACAACAUCUGGAGGCUAAUAUCACGUUAUCUAAGGUAAAGGUAAAAGGACCCCUGACCAUUAGGUCCAGUCGUGACCUACUCUGGGGUUGUGGUGCUCAUCUCGCUUUCCUGGCCGAGGGAGCGGGCGUACAGCUUCCGGGUCACAUGGCCAGCAUGACUAAGCCACUUCUCGCCAACCAGAGCAGCGUACGGAAACGCCAUUUACCUUCCCGCCGGAGCCGUACCUAUUUAUCUACUUGCACUUUGACGUGCUUUUGAACUGCUAGGUUGGCAGGAGCAGGGACCGAGCAACAGGAGCUCACCCCGUCGCGGGGAUUCGAACCGCCGACCUUCUGAUCGGCAAGUCCUAGGCUCUGUGGUUUAACCCACAGCACCACCCGUGUCCCUUCACGUUACCUAUCCUUGUGCAAAUCUGCAAUAGUGCCUUAGGUUGGGCCAGGUAUUGCGGACAAGCGUAAAAGUUAGCAGCGGUAGAGAAGGCCCUCCGAAAGCUUCAAACGUCUUCUUUUUAAAAAACUUUCUAGGCCUGUGUUUUGGGCAUUUUGCCAAAUGAGGUGGGGCGGCACUUGAUUUAUAAGGGCUCAGGCUUAGGGAGGGGCACUAAUGUCUGGGAAGCAACCCCCCAUCAUCAUUCUUUGGGAGCGAGUCGGGGGACUAUUCUGGGGAUGAGUCAGGCUGGUGUAGAGUCAAAGGUGACUCCCCCUUCUGCGACAAGCUCCCUCCCGCACUGGAGUCCCAGAACCAGACAAGGCAUGAAAAGGGCGGGGGAGAGAUUGGCUGCAUACAGGCACAGUCUCCGAUUGCUUGGGGAAAGCUCUGGAGAAGAGGGGUCUUAGACAGCUGUGGGGAAGCAGGGACUUUCAGUCUCUGCAACUGAUGCAUGGGGUAAGGCAGGCUUCCGCAACCUCAGCCCUCCAGAUGUUUUGAAACUACAAUUCCCAUCAUCCCUGACCACUGGUCCUGCUAGCUAGGGAUCAUGGGAGUUGUAGGCCAAAAACAGCUGGAGGGCCGAGGUUGAGGAAGCCUGGGGUAAGACCUACCAGAAUAAGCUGCUGUGCUCAUCUGGUCUGAUGCUCAGUCAAGUGAAGAUUGUGGGGUUUUUUACUAAUAAAGAGUUACAGUGGUACCUCAGGUUAGGAACUUAAUUCGUUCUGGAGGUCCGUUCUUAAUCUGAAACUGUUCUUAACCUGAAGCACCACUUUAGCUAAUCGGGCCUCCUGCUGCUGCUGCUGCGCCGCCGGAGCACGAUUUCUGUUCUCAUCCUGAAGCAAAGUUCUUAACCUGAGGCACUAUUUCUGGGUUAGCAGAGUCUGUAACCUGAAGCAUCUGUAACCCGAGGUACCACUCUAAUUCCAACUUUAAACGGUGUGAUUUACUGCCGCCUCUCUCUUUUGACAGCUGCAGUCGCUCAACAGAAGGGAAUAGUGUGGGAAUGUUCUGGGGUGCAAGAGAGGAUAUAUUGUGGGAUUAUAUCCUUAUCCAACUUGUGCUAACAAGUUCCCAAAAUAUCAGCAGAGUUUAUAGACAUUCCCCUUUAAGUUCGCAACGGUAACGCUUGCACAGGUUCGCUAGAACCUCUAUAAUAAUUACUCUGGUAAUUUCCCCUUUGUUCCCUCUUAAAAUACAAGACACAACACAGUCUUUAUAAAAGUAUAAAAGAGUUUACUCAUGUUCUGUUCACAAUAUGAUCCCAGAAGGCAGACAGCUUAAAAAGGUUACAUACAUUCAGAAUCUAUCUUGUAGCAAGAUAGUCCUUAUUUCCUCUCUUGGCUGGGAGCCAAGAGAGCAUCCUUAGAUGUUUCCUCAUCGAAAGCAAAAUGGCAGAGAGAGAGAGAUGGCUGCCUGCCCUGUGCUUUUGUCAUUACCUGCACAGGUGAGGCCACACCCACCUCUGGUCACAUGCGGAGGAAGUCCGUCCCCAGGAAGUUUACCUGCUUGCUGGACAGACAUCCCUCCCCAUGUUCUAACAUGUACACUCUAGGAAUGUUGUCAUUGACUGCUCCUGUGUUUACAUCCCACAAAUAGCACUCUCUCUACAAUAGGGUGGGGAGUAACUUCUGGACCAGGAGCGGUAUGCAACCAUUCUGACAGACUCUCCCUGGACCAUACAACUUUGCCUGGCUGCAAUGUGCCUGUGAACCCUGAUUAACACUGACAACACCUCUUGCUUGCCUGAAUGGAUGGCGAGAGAGGAACGUGGGAAUGUUUAUCAAAUCUUUCCCACUAUGCAAAGAUUUUAAUUUUUUUUAAAUACUCCCGUUUCCCUGGCCCUGCCCACCACCGGCAUAUAGAUACUGGAAGGUUGCCUAGCAGAGAAUGCAGCCUGUCAGCUGAAAUACAUUCCCUAUUGGCGUGCUCAGUUGUCUUUUUAAAAUUAAGGUGUGUGGCCAAAGAUGAGAGAGAGAGUGGGGCUAAAGUUGGACCCAAAUUAACCGCAUCUGCAAGGAAGAAAAGGUUAAUAUAUAAACUAGAAUUCCAGGAUGUGCCACAGUGUGUCAGUAAACUUGCCAUUUGGCCGCUAGGGCAGCGCAGUUGGCUCUGAAAACCUUCAGGCAGCCAGGCCCUCAUUCGCACUAACCUCUUCUUCCUUGCCCCUGCAGCCUCUGUUUAUAGCCGCUACGAAGUGGAGGACGACUGGUGCCUGUCUGUCCUGAAGUCGUACAAAGCCGAAGACGGAGAAGAUUUUCCCUGGAGUGUCGGUGAGGCCUGUGCUAGAGGGGAAAAGAGCAACCAGGAGGGAAUAACGAGGAAGGGAAAUGGAAACGGGGUUAUGGAGUAAUGACCAAUCGGGCUUGAACUGGCUAGAGGCCACGUUAACCGCCAGAAGAGUAAGGAUGAGGAUGAUUGGCUGGGGACGUUGGCCUUCUUGGUACGUGUGCUGGAAUUAGCCAGUGGCAAACAUGGAGCCACCAGUCCCUUUGAACGUAACUUGACCAAUUGGGAGUUUAGAACAGACCACUCAGCGCUGGAAUGGGUGGGUAUAAGAGGUGCCAAUGAAGACUAUUUGAAAGGGGGAAAAUUGAGCGGCAAUUAUCCAUGAGGAAGUUGAAAACUUUAGGAAUGGGUCCCAAGUGGAGCAGAUAAUGCAAGAAACUGGUCAGCUGUAUAUAUAAUUUUUGAAUUUUUUAACAAUCAUGCAGAUUACAUAAGUUUCCCAAUAAAAAUAUACAGUUUGACUUCCCUGGGUUAUUUAUUUCAUAAAACUUAUGCACUGCCUGAUUGUAAAACAAAACCCCAAAGCGGUUUAGGGAAAGGUAAAGGACCCCAGGAUGGUUAAGUCCAGUCAAAUUUGACUAUGGGGUUGCUGCGCUCAUCUUGCUUUCAGGCCGAGGGAGCCGGUGUUUGUCCUCAGACAGCUUUCCGAGUCAUGUGGCCAGCAGGACUAAUCUGCUUCUGGUGCAAUGCGACACUGUGACGGAAACCAGAGCGCACGGAAAUGCUGUUUACCUUCCCGCCGCAGUGGUACCUAUUUAUCUACUUGCGCUGGUGUGCUUUCGAACUGCUAGGUUGGCAGGAGCUAGGACGGAGCAACGGGAGCUCACCCCAUCACAGGGAUUUGAACCGCCGACCUUGCGUUUGGCAAGCCUGAGAGGCUGAGUGGUUUAGACCACAGCGCCACCCGGUGUGGCGGUUUACAAAUAGAUGAAACCAUGAAAUCAGGAAAAGAUAGCAACCCUACUUUAAAACAGGCAUAGGCAAACUCAGCCCUCCAGAUGUUUUGGGACUACAGCUCCCAUCAUCCCUAGCUAACAGGACCAGUGGUCAGGGAGGAUGGGAGUUGUAGUCCCAAAACAUCUGGAGGGCUGAGUUUGCCUACGCCUACUUUAAAACAAUCAAAAGUUAAAAUACUAAAACAGCUUAAAAUUACCUUGGCUUUCUUAUUAGCCUGCUUUGCAGUUUUAGCUUCUCUUGUGGGCUGAGAGCUAGCUGUUCUGUGGUUUUGUUAUCGUGGUUUGUGUAGUGUUGCAUCUUCCGUAACCCCUCUGGUAUCUGUACAGAUGUGCAGUGGGUAAUAAAUGUUGCAGUUUUAAAGCCAUCUAUCCCCACAUUUUGUGGUAUCAAAUUAUCCCCGUAGAAGAGGCAAGCUGGACUGUGUUGGGCUGGCCAUACGAGUCCCGGCUGCCUGUUUCAAUCCUGCUAACCUCAUCCCUUUAUUCUUUUUUUUCAAACAAGGUGAUGACAUGACAUCUGAAGGAAGACGGCAGCUUGCACUGUUCCUGGUGAGUUCCGAGUCAUUUUGCCCCUCCUCAGUUGCCCUGUCGGAGUUAGGGCUUUCUGUUUAUUUAGGCUUCUUGUAUACAGCUUUCCAUGAUGAAAGACCACAAAGCUCUUCAGAUCUCGAGGUCCUGUCUGCAGCAUCAUCCCCACGAUGCCAUGCAGUGAAUGGUCCUGAGAUUUAUUAUAAUUAGUUUUUUGACAUAUCAUUUCCAACAUUCAUAUAAUAUAACUUCUUAUCUUAUACUUUUGACUUCCGUCAACACCUCUGAUGAUUUUCUGUUCUUUAUCACUUAUUCUGCAUUUCUUAGUUUUCUCUAUUACUCUUAAUUAUCAUUAACUAAUAAUUCGCCUCAUAGUCUUACUUGUAAUAUUUCCAAUAAUCCUCCUUACAAAACUUCUUGCAAUCCUACUAGCGUGAUCUGUUCAUUACUAUUACUUUUCAAGUGCCGUAUUUUUCGCUCUAUAAGACGCACCAGACCACAAGACGCACCUAGAGGAGGAAAACAAGAAAAAAAUAAUUCUGAAUCUCAAAAGCCAGAAUAGCAAGAGGGAUCUGGCUUUUGGGAUGGCCUCUUGCUGUUCUGGCUUCUGGGAUAGCUGCACAGCCUGCAUUCGCUCCAUAACACACACACACAUUUCCACUUAUUUUUUAGGAGGGAAAAAGUGAGUCUUAUAGAGCAAAAAAUAUGGUAGUUCAUAUAUUUACUCCAGUCUUCUAAGAAUCUCUGGUCCCGCAGGUUUCGAAUCCUUCCUGUUAAAUUUAUCUAAUUCUGCAUAGUCCAUCAAUUUCGUCCUCCAUUCUUCUUUCGUCGGUAGUUCUUCUUGCUUCCAUUUUUGUGCCAAUAAUAUUCUUGCUGCCGUCAUUGCAUAUAAAAACAACUUUACAAUCCUGUCUAUUAAUAUCAUCUCCUACAAUGCCAAGUAAAAAUGUUGCUGGUUUCUUAAUAAAUAUAUAUAUCAACAUCUUUUUCAUCUCAUUAUAUAUCAUUUUCCAGAAGUUUUUCACUUUUUUACAUUCCCACCACAUGUGAUAAAAAGUUCCUUCCUUUUCUUUACAUUUCCAACAUUUAUUACUUAUUUGAUACAUCUUAGCUAAUUUCACAGGGGUAAUAUACCACCUAUACAUCAUUUUCAUCACAUUUUCUUUCAAAGUAUUGCGUUCAAUGGUCCUGAGAUUUAAGCAUCUCAUGUUCUACCGACUUAGCCAGGGCUUUCCAAACUUGGGUCUCCAGCUGCUUUUGGACUACAACUCCCAUCAUCCCUAGCUUGUAGGACCGGUGUUCAGGGAUGAUGGGAACUGUAGUCCAAACACAACUGGAGACCCAAGUUUGGAAAGCCUUGGCAGAUGUGAUGGAAUCCUCUUCCUCUAGGUCAGGGAUUGGGGACAUCACCAGAUCUUACUGGACUCCCAGCUCCCAACAACCAUAGUCAGCAUGGCCAAUGGUCAGGGAUGUUGGGAGUUGGAGUCCAUCAAUAUAUAGACCAAAUGCAGUAUAUGGCCUCUUCCAUCAUUGCUGAAUGUGAUUGCUCUCUCUUGGCUUGAAAUGGCCCUUUUGGCAUGAAGGGGGCAAAUCCCUCUUGAAGUAGGUGUGGCAGCCGCCAUCAGUCCUUGCCUGGGUUCAGUGUAGGUGGAACUGGCCUCAAAGGAAAGGGCCCCAGGAAGCAGUGGUCUGUGUGCUGGUAUUGUGGUCUGCCUAGCAGGCAUCCAGCAAAACCAAAAUGCUUGUUUACAAAGCUGUUGUCCUACCAACUUUACUGCAUGCUUGUGAAACUGGACCACUUAUAAACGCCAUCUCCAACUCCUCGAGAGAUUCCGUCAAAGGUGUCUCUGAAAAAAAUUUCACAUCACUUGGGAAGACAGGCGAACUAAUACCAGUGUACUAGAAGAAGCAAAGAUCACCAGUGUCGAAGCAAUGAUUCUUCAACAUCAACUUGGUUGGACUGGUCAUGUUGUUCGGAUCCCUGAUUAUCAUCUUCCAAAGCAACUACUCUAUUCCGAACUUAAAAGUGGAAAGCGUAAUGCUGGCGGUCAACAAAAGGCAAAUCUUUAAAAAUGUAGUAUAAACACCCGAUAAUUGGGAAACUCUGGCCUGCAAGUGCUCCAGUUUACCAAAGGUGUUGUGGGCUUUGAAGACGCUCGAACUCAGGACGAAAGGGAGAAACGUACUAAGAGGAAGGCACACUUGGCAAACCCUCACCUUGAUCAACUCCCGCCUGGAAAUCUAUGACCCACUGUGGAAGGACGUGUGGAUCCAGAAUUGGCCUCCACAGUCACUUACGGACUCACUGUUAAGACCGUGUUCAUGGAAGACAAUCUUACUCGGCCCAUGAGUGAUCUUCAAAAAAGUAGAAGAUUGUGGUCUGCCCAGCAGGCAGCAAAAGCAGUUCUGGAAAGGAGGGAGGAGUUUGGUUCUUACUUUAAUAUAAUUUGUGCUUCCCAACACACAAACCAAAACACUACCCUCCUUCGAAAUUCAUUCUUCUCCAAUCGUGUGUGUGUGUGUGUGUGUAAAGGGAAAGUGUGUACAAAUGCACAUAUUAGUGAAAAUAACAAACAAAAAUGCGUUCACAGGGGGAAUUGCUUGCAAAAAAAAUUAUUAGGCAUAAUUGUAUGCAAAACCCUGUUGAUUAGGAGAAAGAAAAAUUUUGUGGAAACUUUUAAAAGAAUAAAACAAAAUUGCAAACUGUGCAGAAACAUUGUGAACUAAAGACAGGAGAAAGGAGAAAUUUGCCCACCCCUAGUUUCACCUCUGACCAGUUUGGGGGUGUGUGGAGAGCAGCAGAGAUACUUUAUCACAAAGCUCAGCAUCUUUUCCUGUACGUUCUGCCCUCGGAUUGUCUCCUUCCAUUCCUCUCCCCGUGUCCUCACAAUUGGUUACUGAUUCUCCGGCAAAACUAGAGGAUUACUGCUUCCGUUGCCCGAGUUUGCAUGUUGUUUCCCCACUGCCUUCCUCAUCCUGUCAUUGGAAAUCCAUUUUAACCUUGUUUUCUCUCCUUCUCACUCCACAGGCCCGGAAGCACCUCCAAAAUUUUGAAGCGACGCACUGCACACCGCUCCCUCCCCAGGAAUUUCACCUCCCUUGGAGCUUAUAGCACCUCCAUCACCCCUGCGCCAGUCAAGUCCUCCUGUAUUGAUACCUGACCACCCAACGUAGUGCAUCUGCUUUUCUUGUGUGUGUGUGUGUGUGUGUGUGUGUGUGAGUGAGUCUGACCAUCUCUGCUACCCUCCUACUGCAAGCUGUAAAUCUGCUUCCUCUCCCCUGUAAUAUUUAUCCUCCAACACCCUCCUUCGCCCAGAAAAUAAAACCACACACAGUUGUAGAGGUUCACAAUAAAGAUGGUAUUUUUUUAUACUUA